UCAUCCAGUGGACUAACGUAACGUGCCGCCAGCGAAACCCCAAAUGUACACACUUAAUCCAGUCAUCGCAUUGUGAAAAAAAACACAGGUUUGUUUCUUCAGGGCUGCAGGAAAACUGAGGAUGAAGACUGCAAUUGUGGUGCAUGGUGGAGCUUGGGCCAUACCGGAUGCAUUAGCCGAAGCAUCUGUGGCUGGAGUCAAGGCUGUUGUUCGGGCAGGGGAUGCUGUCCUUAAGAACGGGGGGAGCGCACUUGACGCUGUAGAAAAAGCUGUUAGCGCCUUGGAAGAUGACCCGGUGUUUGAUGCAGGUCACGGUGCAGUCCUGAAUACUGAUGGAGAGGUGGAGCUAGACAGUAUCAUCAUGGAUGGGAAAACACUUGCCACUGGAGCUGUGUCCUCUGUGAGAAACAUUGCAAACCCCGUUAGUCUUGCCCGUGCUGUGAUGGAAAAGACGGAACAUGUCAUGUUGACGGAUAGAGGGGCGAAUAUGUUUGCAGAGCGUAUUGGUUUUCCAGCAGCUCAUGAUUUGGUGACAGAGCUGGAGCGUAAAGAGUGGGAGCACUACAAGAAGUAUGUCAUCGGCGUCAAAGAGCUCUUCAACUCUCAGUGGGGCCAUGAUACAGUUGGAGCCGUGGCGCUGGACUCUUUCGGUAAUGUGGCGUGUGCUACAUCCACUGGUGGAAUCAGAAACAAAAUGGUUGGAAGAGUUGGAGAUUCUCCUAUUAUAGGAUCUGGUGGAUAUGCAGACAACAGAAGUGGCGCGGUGUCCUGUACUGGUCAUGGAGAGUCUAUUCUCAAAGUCACCUUAGCCAGAUUAAUCCUCUUUCAUAUGGAGCAAGGGAAAUCAGCUGUAGUAGCCGCCGACACCUCACUCCAGUACAUGGGAGAGAGAGUGCAGGGAGGUGGAGGGGCUAUUGUUGUGUCCCCAACGGGGGACUGGGCCGCCAGGUUCACCACACCACGCAUGGCUUGGGCUUCUGUAAAGGGGGACGUGCUGUGCUACGGGUUAAAUUCUGAUGAAGAAUUUAAGGAGACGCUGAAAUGACAACAUUGUUGUCUUUUUUUCUCAAAUGUAUUUUAAUUGACUUUUUGUGUGUGUGUGUGUGUGUGUGUGUGUGUGUGUGUGUAUGUGUGUGUGUGUGUGUGUGUGCAGUUAAUUACAUUUACAAUUAGUUGAUUCCAUUAGUUUGUGUCGGUUAGUCAUGACUGAUUGAAUUAAAUGUAAAAAAAAAAAAAAAAAAAAAA